AUCUUCUCCUCGGUCUAAUCUAAGGCAGCCGACGCCGCCGCAACCUCUCCUUCCACGUCUAGGAGAAGAGCUGAACCCCGGCCGGAGGUUAGGAGGGCGAUGGAAAGCGUGGGUGAGAGGAGGGCGAUGGAGAACGGGGGUGGGACGAUGCGGAGGUUACCAGGCACGGGGUUGGUCAUGUGUUCCACAUGCUCCGGUUUCUUGCUCAGGAUGAAGCGCACAUCGGUUCCCAAGCCUGACGAGGAGGUGUUGGAGGUGGUGACGGAAGCCGAGAAGAUGCGGGCCUUGAUGAAGGCGGUCCUGCUGCACGGGCCCCUCCAGGAGAUAGAGCCGGCUGAGGCGACGAAGGAGCAGUGGAAGGUUCUGCAGAGGAGGAGGAGGAUUAUGAUGGAGACCAAGAAGUGCCCGACUUGCUCCGGUUCGCUGUUACAGAAGCCCGGGCCCGAUGAGGAGGACAAGGCGAUGGUAGCGGACCCCGGAUCGAAGGCCGGAUCGAAGGAGAAGAUGAGCUCGAGGGAGGAGGGCAGCGAGUUCAUGGCUGUCCUUCCGUCGCAGGGCGGGAAGGAGAGGAUGAAGAUUGCGACGGAGGACGAGGCGAUGGUGGCAGACGCCAGAUCGGAGCAGAAGUUGAAGCGAUCGAGGGAGGAGGGCAAGAGAUCUAGCAGCGGAUUGAAGGAGAAGAAGAAGGCGAAGAGCGAGGAUAAGGAAGGCAGCGGAUCAAAGAAGAAGGCUAAGAGAUCGAGCGAGAUGGAGGGCAGUGGAUCGAAGGAGGCGAAGAUGAAGGGCAGCGGAUUGGAGGAGGAGGCGAAGAUUGAGUUCAUAGUCAAAUCCGUCGGCGGAGAUAGGAAGACUAAGAUGGAGAUUAAGAGGAUGCUCAAGAAGGCCUUCGAGAUUUUGAAUGAGCCCCCUGUCAAGUCUCAAUCGGAGGAGGCAAAGAUGGAGGACAGCGAAUCGGCUGUCGGAAAUAGGAAGACUAAGAUGGUGACUUAUAGGGUUGACAAGAAGACCAUUGAUUUUUUGAAGAAUCAUCCCCCUCUCAAGCCUCCUCCCAUCGGCGCCUGUGAGCCUGAGCUGCGCCAACGCUUUAUUGAUAUUACUGCUCCCUAUGUUGAGGUUGAACGUGUGCUCCUUGAGUACUUGCAAUGCCAUUACUCCAUCAAGGGGUAUGCUGAGGUGCAGCUGGAGGUCACCGAUGACGAAGGCGAUGACCACAAGUUGGUGUAGCACUGUUGUCACGUGUGGUUGGUGUGGUAACGAGUUAAGGCUGCCUAGCAUAAUAAUAAUUUUAGUAUAAGUGAUGAACAACCUUCGCUUGUUCAGAGAUAUUCAGCUUUGUUAGCUUGUACUAAGAGUAUUUAAGUUGAAAAGUGGUAUCUUUUGUCAUAUGAGUACCUGGGUACUGAUGUUAUCAUGCAUGUUAUUCUCACAUCUGAAGACUUGAGUUUCUAUAUUUUCCUAGAACUCAGCUCGAUUCAGAUGUUAUUUAGUUGAUGUCUCUGUGUCAUUGUCUCA